AUGGGAUCUCUGACAUUAUUUUUCCUGUUUACUUUGUUAACAAUUACUACUGGGAAAACAGUUGAUUACACUGGGCGUAACUUAUUAUGUGUGCCAAUGGAUAAGAUCAGAGAUGCUUAUGUCGUAAAAUUAUCAGAUAACAAAAUAACCGACCUGGGUUCUUUCAAUUCGUCACCAAAGAUACGCUAUCUGUACAUCGACAACAAUGAAGUGAACAACAUUUCGAAGCAAACGUUUCAAGGAUUAGAUGAAUUAGUGCAUCUCAAUCUCAACAAAAAUUACAUUUCUGCCCUUCGCCAGUUCACAUUUUCUGCUCUUUCGGCGUUGUUGGAUCUUUAUCUCAAUAAUAACUUCAUUUCUGUCAUAUCAGACAGGGCGUUUUAUGGCCUGACAAAUUUGGAAUAUCUAGAUCUUUCUGGAAACCGCCUGUCCGUUUUUCCAACGCAGGCCAUAAAGUUGAUUCCUAGCAAACAGCUCCUUUGGGUUAUGAUUCGAGUCAACAACAUCAGCCAAAUACCGACAGAUAUAAAAACGAUACACCCUUCAACUUCUUACGACUUACAAGGCAACCCUUUGAGGUGUUCCGAUGAACUGGCAACGCGAAAGAACACGUCGUACCCGGGGUACAAUUUAGAAGUGUCCUUUUACACAAUCAACACAAUACAUAACCGAUCUUUCGUUGAAAAAACGACGUUUCUCAAAAAAUUUCAUAGCUACUUUGGUAGAGUCAGUCAACCACAGGAACUGUACACCUUCCUGCAGUGCACACUACACAAGUGCAGAUUCAUUGUCAAAUGGACGACGAUGCUGCAGAGAACGAUCAUCUAUAUGAGGAUGUCGAUGGCCAACUUCGCGCUUCUGCAGCGCCCCCUCCACUACCAGUACACAGCGAUGACAACAACGCGACUGAGGACAAUGCUCUGUACGAGAAUGAUCACCCCUACGCUUCUGCAGCGCCUCCUCCUGUCCCCGAUGCCGACGAUGGUCCAGAGCAUUCUGAAGAUGUCGAGGGGGUCCAUGAGAACCAAGACACCUCUGCACGACCGUUUCCGUCACCUCUAUUCAACCCACGGCAACAGGCUACAAGUGCUUCAGUAA